AUGCUUACAUUUGCUUCUCUCCCAAAACGACCUUCACUUCACCAAAUCAAACAAACCCAUGCACGACUCGUCGUUUUAGGCCAAUCCCAAUCACGCCUCAUCCUUCACAUUCUCUCUCUACUUUCUCUCUCUUCGUCUCCACUUAACUAUUGUCUCUCCAUUUUCAACUCAAUUUCCUUCCCAACCGUUUUCGCCUUCAAUUCCAUCAUUCGUUGCCAUGCCAAAUCAAAUUCAUCUCCUUCUAACUCCCUCUCAUUAUACUCCUUAAUGCGACGUCGUUUUCUUAAACCCAAUAACCACACCUUCACCUUCCUCCUUAACGCAUGCACCAAAAGCAUUUCCACUUGUACCCCAACAGGGAUUCUGGUUCAUGCUCACGUGAUCAAACUCGGUUACGCACGCCACGUGUUUGUUCGAAAUGCUCUCAUUCAUUUUUACUCUGAGGGGUUUUCUACAAUGGAUUUUUCCAAAAGGGUGUUUGAGGAAGAUAUCCUUUGUAGUGAUGUAGUGACAUGGAACUCCAUGUUGGCUGGUUUGGUUAGAAAAGGAGAGGUUUGUGUUGCGGAGAAGAUGUUUGAUGAAAUGCCUCAAAGAGAUGUUGUUUCUUGGAGCACUAUGAUAAUGGGGUAUGUUCAAAAUGGGAACUUGGAAGAUGGGUUGGAGUGUUUUAGGUUGAUGAGGGAGAAAGAGAUAAAACCCAAUGAAGCUAUUUUGGUUACUGUGCUUUCUGCUUCUGCUCAAUUGGGUUUGUUGGGGUAUGGAAGGUUCAUUCAUUCCACCAUCGAAACUUUGAGGUUUCGAAUAACUGUUCCGAUCGGAACUGCUUUGGUUGACAUGUAUGCAAAGUGUGGUUAUAUUGAAGAGUCAAGAGCCUUGUUUUAUGGCAUGUUGGAGAAGGAUAUAUGGACUUGGAAUGUUAUGAUCUGUGGGCUGGCUUCGCAUGAUUGUGCAAACGAAGCACUUGCGCUAUUUCGCGAGUUCAUAAGUGAGGGUUUUAGUCCUGUGAAUGUGACUUUUGUUGGAGUUUUAAAUGCUUGUAGUAGGGCUGGUUUUGUUAGUGAGGGAAGGCGUUAUUUUAAGUUAAUGGUGGAUGGUUAUGGGAUUCGACCGGAGAUGGAGCACUAUGGGUGCAUGGUUGAUCUUCUAGCUCGUGCGGGAUUAAUAGAUGAAGCGGUUCGGUUGAUUGAAACGAUGACUGUUGCACCAGAUCCUGUAAUGUGGGCAACACUGCUUGAUGCUUGUAAGAUUCAUGGGUUAGUGGAAAUGGGAGAAAAGAUUGGGAAUAAGUUGUUAAAGUUGGAUCCAACACAUGAUGGUCAUUAUGUGCAGUUAGCUGGAAUCUAUGCAAAAGCAAGAAAAUGGGAAGAUGUAGUUAGAGUUCGAAGGUUAAUGAUUGAGAGAGUUGCCAAUAAAGUUGCUGGUUGGAGCUUGAUUGAAGUAGAGGGUAGAGUUCAUCGCUUCGUUGCAGGGGACAGGGAGCAUGAUCAUUCUUCAGACAUUUACAAAAUGCUUGAUAUAAUAGGACUGAGGGUAACUGAAGCUGGUUACUCACCAAAAAUAUUUCUUGAGUAG